UCCAUAUCAUUGCAAGCGCAAACACUGAAAGAAUAACUGCACCGGGUGAAAUGUCCUUUGCACCCGACAACGGCUGUACACACUGGCUCAGUGAGGAGGAUGACAGCAUAAGUACAAGAUGUGUUUCGGCGUGAGCGGUGGAAGCACUGGGACGCUUAGUUCGGUGUGCGCCAACUUCCCAAGACGGACAUACUCUACGAUACUCGAACAACUCGUGUACGCGUAGUUGUACCUCGCUGAGGAGAUACUCCAUUUGAGAAUUUGACUCAUAUAGUCGCGGCUUUAGACGCAGAAGAAAAUGCCUGUAGCUACUCUGCUGCCUUUUACAGCAACCCCAAGUAGGAAGUCUGUUAGUCCGACCUCCUUCAAACUGACAGAAAAAUUCAUUUUGCUGUUAGUUUUCAGCGCUUUUAUAACACUCUGCUUCGGAGCUAUAUUUUUUUUGCCGGAUUCAUCCAAGCUGCUCAGCGGAGUUUUCUUUCGCUCAACGUCUGUGGAGACCGACGCUCGAACAGAUGCGGAUAGCGAGUCCAGCAUCGGGACGGGAAAAGAUGAGAAAAUGCUGGCUAAAAUAAGGAAAGAUCACGAGAUGGCACUGCUGGAAGCGAAAGACACGCUCCAGAAACCGCCGCACCUAAUAAAGCAAGACAUUAAAAGCGAGAAGGAAAAAGUUUUCAAAGAAAACGGCCUGGGUAAAGACGCUGGAAAGGAUGACGUUCUGCCGGUUAUCGAGUACGCACGGCCACCUGGAGCAACAGGGCACGAACCACUAGACCCGGAAACCAAGGAGAAGAGAGCAAAGAUUAAACAGAUGAUGCAGUUUGCCUGGGACAAUUACAAGCGCUACGCCUGGGGUGCCAACGAACUGCGGCCCGUGUCCAAGCAGGGCCACUCCAGUAAUCUGUUUGGCAGCCUGAAAGGAGCGACCAUCGUGGACGCGCUGGACACGCUCUACAUCAUGGAGAUGUAUGAUGACUUUGAAGCCGCCACUGAGUGGGUGGAGAAGAAUCUUGACUUUAAUAUGAACGCCGAAAUCUCAGUCUUUGAAGUGAACAUCCGCUUCGUCGGAGGACUGCUGUCCGCCUAUUAUCUCUCCGGCAAAGAGGUGUUUAGGAGGAAAGCUAUAGAGCUGGGAGAGAAGUUGUUGCCUGCGUUUAAAACCCCCACUGGUAUACCCUGGGCUCUUCUCAACCUUAAGAGCGGCAUAGGCCGCAACUGGCCAUGGGCGUCGGGCGGCAGCAGCAUCCUGGCAGAGUACGGCACGCUGCACCUGGAGUUCAUGCACCUCGGCCGCUUGUCUGGGAAGCCUGUGUUCGCUGAGAAGGUCAUGAACAUCCGAAAGGUGCUGAACCGCUUGGACAAGCCUCAGGGACUGUACCCCAACUAUCUGAACCCCAACAGUGGACAGUGGGGACAACAUCAUGUGUCUGUGGGUGGCUUGGGUGACAGCUUCUACGAGUACCUGCUCAAAGCCUGGCUCAUGUCCGAGAAGAAGGACGAAGAGGGCAAGAGGCUCUACUACGACGCUCUCAAGGCCAUCGAGACAAACCUGAUCCGCAAGUCCAGCGGGGGCCUGACCUACAUCGCCGAGUGGAAGGGAGGCCUCCUGGAGCACAAGAUGGGCCACCUGACCUGCUUUGCUGGGGGGAUGAUCGCGCUGGGGGCCGACGGCGCACCCGACGCCACCACAGGCCACCAGAUGGAGCUGGCUGCCGAGAUCGCACGAACGUGCCACGAGUCCUACGCCCGAACCAAUCUGAAGUUGGGUCCUGAGGCGUUUCGGUUUGAUGGCGGCGUGGAAGCCAUCGCCACUCGGCAGAACGAGAAGUACUUCAUUCUGCGUCCCGAGGUCAUCGAGACCUACAUGUACAUGUGGAGGUUCACCCACGACCCCAAAUACAGGCAGUGGGGCUGGGAGGCCGUGCAGGCUCUAGAGCAACAUUGCCGGGUCGAGGGGGGCUACAGCGGCGUCAGGGACGUCUACGCCAGCACUCCCAGCUAUGACGACGUUCAGCAAAGCUUCUACUUAGCAGAGACUCUCAAGUACCUGUACCUGCUCUUCUCGGACGACGACCACCUGCCGUUUGAGCACUGGGUCUUCAACACAGAGGCCCACCCGCUACCCGUCAUAAAGAAAGAGACGGCGGACAGAUCCAGUCAGCUGUAGGACCCAGAAUCCUUCCCCGGAGCUCGACACCCGCCCUCCGGCGCCAACCAGAGCUGCUGGCUUUCCCCCUUCCUCUGGGCAGGGGCCCCUCCUCCUCCGAAACUGUGACCCGCGCUGUCUGCUGGGGCGGCCUGGCACGGAGCCCUUUCACCCUGACUCAGCGUACUCCCUGGCGUCUUUUAGAGACAACAGGGCGCACCGCGCCGGCCCACCCUCAUCCCCCGUUGUUCGGUCCUACAAGGCCCGACAGGAUGUUCCCUCCUCUGUGAGGAGACCAUUUCCAUGACAUCGCCUAAGAAGCCCCCCUCACACAUACAUACUAAGGGUUUAAAAAAAAAAAAAAAAAAAUCAAAAACGGGCAUACUUCAGUCAGUGGCUGUCAUUCGUGUGUCUGUCUGCGCACGCGGGUAUGUGCGUGCGUUUGUGUGUGUGUGUGUGUGUUUUAAACAUUUGAUUAUAGAAGUCCAUUGGAUUUGUAUCCAUGGUGUCGUACUCUUGGAUCAUUCGUAUAAGUGUCGUGCUCUUUCUUUUGCUCUUUUUCUUUGAGUCACCCUGUAAGGUAGUGAUUUGAAGUUAACUAGUGCCUUUUUUAGCUUUAAGGUGAGCAGUCGUUCAAGCGGCGAGGGUCACCUCCGCUUCUGCUCGGGUCCUUCUUGCUUUUUCUUCUUUUUCCGAGGCCAAGGGAGGGACAGCCUUGUUUUCCUCGGCGACGGCCACCUCUGUGGUCUGGUGGGAGUCCUGCCGAGGAGCCGUCUCGCACCGCGAGGUGUGGGAUGUCCUAGCCCUGCACCGCGAGACGUGCGAGCUCCUACACUCGAUCUCUCGCGGCGCAGGACUAGAAGGGCUGUAGGAGCCCCAGCUGCCUCGCUGGGCUAGCACGGGUGUUAGAAGUACCUCUCUCAGAACAACGCGCCGUUUGCUCGCCCUCCUGCGUACGUCAGUGCUUCCGGUUUCUUCUCUGCCGUGACAGCAUCUUACUUUCCGACGACACAGACAAGACGUGUACAUUUGUUGAUCGUUUACUCAUUCAGGUGUGGCGGGGAUGUUUGUCGUUUACAUGGUAUAAAAAAAAAAAAAUCAAAGAAAAAGAAAAAAAAAACAUAUUUUGUGUUAAUUUAUUACUGAAGACAUAGGACUUAUUCUUUUUUCGGGGCCAGUUUGUUUUUUUGGGUUUUUGCCUAGUUGGCACACUGGUGAAGUGACUAUCAAAAGGGCAAUGAUCAGUAAGCAGGAGUCAGGGAGCAGAGGACCAUGUCAAUCAAACAGAGCGAACUAUGAUGUAUGAAUGUACCACCAAAUGUGAACAUUUGUGUCAUUGUGUUUUUUGCUAGUUUAUUCUUCCUUUCUUAAAAGCACAACAUUCUGGGUUAAGGUAAUGAUUGGGUUGCUUGCUGGAGCCGCAGUGGGUGGAAACAAAGGAAGCACAAUUAAAGAAUCAGAGAAUCGCAAGGAUGCAAGAAAACAAAAUGGGAUUCAGGCACGCUUGGAUAUAGAACACUGGAUAAAACAUGCCUGCUCUCUCACACAGUUCCCUGUGUGUGUGUGUGCGCGUGGGGGGGGGGGGGGGGUGGUUAUAUACGUGAGUAGGUUGUGUAAAGGACCGACUGUGGUCUUCCUCUGGGCACAGUUGCUGUUCCAUAACUACACUGGGAAAACUCCACAAUAGACACCCCUUUGUCCUGCCUCCCGCAAGGUCUUUGUCUUUUACUUCUGGGACAGAACAGAACUAAACUGCUGAAGUAGAUCCAAAGAGCUGCAGUUCCGAAACAUGGAGACCAAAGGGAAACCCUUGCACCAUUUGUUACAGGAUUUGCAACUAACGACCCUCUCAGCAACUCUUCUGUAAAACGCUAACAGCUUCAGUGCUGCUUCCUGUAUUAUUCUGCGUCAGUGGACAGCAUGAGCGUGGCUCCCAGUCGCUCGCCCAAUCAAUAUAAUAUGAACAUGUCAGAAACUGUGGCGAUCGAACGUUGCCAUUCGGAGCCUAAUUCCCAGCCCUUCAUUUGACACUGUGACAUGUUGUGGAUAUGACAUUUGAAUUUUAAUGUACUCGUACUGAAAAUCUCACUGCCGUUCAGCAGUGCAGCUCGUCCCCUUUGUGUUCACGGCAGGCUUGCCGGCGUAACUCCCAGACUGGCGAGGUCGCUGGGGAUGAUGUCUGAGAAAUUGCAGCCUGAGGCAUCUUUCCUUGCAUCUCGUUUCAAAAGCCAGAUUAGACUGUGCUGUUCAGGUGUUUUUUAGUUUUUGUCUGUCUGUUUGUUUGUUUGUUUGUUUUCUUUUAGGUUUCGGGGCAAGUUUUGGCAGAAAUAUUGUGUUGACUAUUCUAUGAGGUUUUUUGUGAUUUUGUUUUUGGUUUGUUGCAGGGGGGGGUGGUUUCCCUCCUGUUUUGUGAUACAAUCUCAGAAAUGUAACUAAUAUUGCUGAUAAUCAUUCCAUUGCAAAUAGCAAUUUGUUUUUCC